UGCCGUGAAAUAUUGCGUAUAAAGCGCUUAACAUAAAAAAGUGUUCAAAAUCUGUAUCCUCAAAAGCCCAACCUUAUCUUCUCGAAAAUGGUCCUCACAGUUCAGAAAAACACAAGGUUAUGAUAACCAGCAUAAGAAAAGUUACUUGAUGUGUUGGAUUGUCGGAUAAAUUUUUAUUUAUAAGGUGAUGUGUCAAAAAAGUCUUGGUUUAGUGUAUGCCUUCAGCAUAUUCUCUUUAGUGGUGGCCACAGUGUUACCCCAACCUGCCACGACUAUUCUAUGUGAAACAAGAUGUGAAUCAUCCACUCCUAACUUAGGUCGACUUAAGCAACUAUGGCAUCGAAUGUCAAAACGAAUAGGAAAAGAUGAUAUGUCGUUUGCAGCCUUCGUUCAGUCUUUAAUUGCUGCUUCUGAGAGAUACAGUCGACUGGAACCUGUAGGAAACUAUUUGAUAACCAUGAUUGACAGAUAUCAGGAUUGUGUGAGAGCCUGUGAACACCAGCACAGCAAACGAGCCGACGAACGAACCUCAGAUUCUUAUGUCAGAAAACAAUUUUGUAUUACUCAUGGCUUUUGCUUAUGACAAGAAAUACUUGGAACAACGCAUGUUUAAGACUUCAAUGAAGUCUGAACUUGGAUCAGAACGACUACAGAAAACGAAAAUAAUUUUUUUUUCUUGUUUCAAGCAAAAAUUUAUACAAUGUAUAUGCCUAUAUACUUAUAUUUCUAUCAGAAAAAUAAAACAAUGACAAAC